AGGCGGCGGCGGCCGGGGCCGGGGCCUGCCGACAGCUCGCGGGCCGAGGUGAUCCCUGUGCAUUUGAGCCAGAAUUAUGGGAUUGUUUGACAAGCUCGCGGGAUGGCUUGGACUGAAGAAAAAGGAGGUUCAUGUUUUGUGCCUUGGCUUGGACAAUAGCGGCAAAACAACAAUCAUAAAUAAACUUAAACCUUCAAAUGCUCAAACUCAGGACAUCGUUCCAACAAUAGGAUUCAGUAUAGAGAAAUUCAAGACAUCAAGUUUGUCUUUCACAGUGUUUGAUAUGUCAGGUCAAGGGAAAUACAGAGACCUCUGGGAACAUUACUACAAAGAGGGCCAAGCCAUUAUUUUUGUCAUAGAUAGCAGUGACAAAUUAAGAAUGGUCGUGGCCAAAGAAGAACUUGACACCCUUCUGAAUCAUCCAGAUAUUAAGCACCGGCGACUGCCUGUUCUCUUUUUUGCUAACAAGAUGGACCUCAGGGAUGCAAUAUCAUCUGUGAAAGUAUCUCAGUUACUGUCAUUAGAAAAUAUCAAAGACAAACCCUGGCAUAUCUGUGCCAGUGAUGCUCUUAAAGGAGAAGGAUUACAAGAAGGUGUAGAUUGGCUCCAAGAUCAGAUCCAAGCAAUGAAGACAUGAGAGAGAAAUAAAAGACAUAUGGCGUUCUUUUAAAACUUUGUCAGUUGGAGUACAAGUUCUUUGGAAGGGAAGAAUGAUUUAAAGAAAACAAACAGUUCAGCUAAAAUGUACUGUGUUGACUUGUUUUCUUUUAGUUUUGCUUCCAGGAAAACUGAAUGUAGACAACAUAGCUCCUCAGGUAUGCACAUUGAAAUUAAUUAAAUGUCUUGUGACUGGAGAGCAUAUUUUUUUAAAAGAAUUUAUUAACAAUAAACAUCUGCAUUCAUUUGAGUUUUAGGCAAUAAUUAGCCAUCGGGAAAUGCCCCUCUGUUUUUUGGGGGAUACCUUUUCACCAAAUGGGAAUGUUUAUUUUCCUGAGAGAAAAUAGUCAGCACUUCUUGAACUAUAACUGCAUGAGAUACCUCAGAACAGUAGGUAUUUCUGCAUUUUUUUUUUAUUGUAAGAUUUGAUAUUGGGUUUUUAGUAACCAUCUACAAUAGGCUUCUAGAGGAAUGUUUUGAUUUAAGAUACAAAGAUUCAAAUAUUCACUGUAUGAGUUAUAGAUGAUUGCAAAUGUUUUUAAUGAACUGCUUUUAAUGAAAUGUUAUGAAUUGUUUUUGUGA